AUGGCCGCAAGCAUCUCCGCUUGCUUCGAGAUCGUUUCUCUCCCAACCUACCGCUGUCUCAGACAUUUCACAUACCAUGUCCCCAAGAUAUCACUACACGUGCCAUUGCGAAUGUCCCGGAGAAGCAGCGACGGAAAGAACAGCAACAGCGAAACACACGCAUGGAGGGUCAGGGGGCGUACGGUUCUCCGGCGUAUGGGUGAGAUAUUCUGGAUCGUCGUCAUCUACAUCGCCAGUGAGCUGCUCAUAUGGUGCCUCUCCCUGGCACUGAGACUGGCGGGUCUGCAGUUCCUGUCUUCCAUCUUGGGCAUGCUUCUGGUGUUUGCGUCCAUGGUCUCCAUCUCGCAGCUCCGCCCGGGAUCGGAUGGCUUUUAUCGUCGCAACAUCAAGUCCAAGGUCGAUUUCAUCAACAGCAACCUCGGCGUUGGCUUCCCUGUUCCCAUCAUCAUCAUAACCAAGGAGCAGAUUCUUGCUGGUAAAGGUAUCGGAAGGGUGAUUGGAAACUUCUUUUUCACAAACGUCAUCUUCUGGGUUCUUGGCUGCUUCAUCUCCUGGGGAAUUCUGGCAGGCAUCCUCGGACCCCCUCCUCUCUCCCACUGCCGCUUCACGAAUAGCGAGCUCGAGCAGGCGUGGCAGCCCGAAGCCGCCGCCGCUUCUCAGCCGCGCGCCGAGGCGCCACUGCAAACCAUCAGCCGAAGGGCGUCAGAUACAACGACCCUGAACGGAACCGUGGUGACCGGAUACCACACCGACAAAGAGGCGGGGCUGGGCCCGGAAUCGAGGACCGUCUCGGCUUACUUCACCGACAGCGACUGCCCAACUACCAUUCAGCCCCCGAACGCCGCGGGCGAGCUGUCGAGCCGGUCAUCGUUUUCAGUUCCGCGGCGGCCGGACGACUCCAGGAGCGAACAUAACAGGUUGAGCAGCUGGGCCAAGGAGUGCUACCCCAUGGCCCUCGCACUCUUUUUCCUCUUCGUCGUCGGCAUUCCCGUCUCAAGCGCCACUCGCAGCGACUGGGCGAUGGAGGGUUGCAUGAUCUGGUUCACCUGGGUCAGCAGCACGCGGCUGCAACGCGGUUUUAGCCGGAGCCAUCUCUUCGCCGACUCCCCUGGUUUCAAGACGACAGCCGUCACGCUCCUCAAUCCGGUUCUUCUCACGACGCUCACAAUGGUCGCCUACACUCGCGCCAAAGCCGCAGCGGACAACCUGCCGAUCGAACUAAAACUCAUCCUGUUCAGCAGCGGCAACUCUCUCUCCGAUCUCAUGACGGCCGCGGUCGACGACCAGACCCUCAGAGAAGGCGGGAGAAUUUGGUUUGGCGCGGGCGAUAUGGCCCUCUCGAUUCUCGAAUGCGGUAUUGUUGUUUGGGGCUUCAAGCUUUUCGAAUGCCGCCGGCAGAUCUGGUCCCGCGCCGGCGCGGCCGUAGUGUUGAUCUCUGUCGGCAUGGCAGCGCUCAACGUCUUCUUGUCCGUUAUCAUCGCAAUCAAAACCGGCCUCGGCGGCGGAGAGUCACUCUCCUUUGCGGCGCGGAGCACGACGCUCGCACUCGCGCGGCCGGCCAUGGCCGCUCUCCAUGGGAAUAGGUCUGUGAAUGCUGCGCUGGUGGUGAGCAACGGCAUCCUGGGACAGUUGAUGUACCCCUACGUGCUACCGAGAUUGGGGAUAGAAGGUCGGGACGAGGAACAACAGGACGAAGGUGACAAGUCGGCCAGGGAUGACGCGCUAACGAUCGCGGUAGGGGCGGCCAUUGGAAUCAAUGGCGCAGCCAUGGGCGUGUCCUACCUCUACGAGAGAGAAAACCGGGCUGCGCCGUAUGCUGCGCUUUCCAUGACCGUAUUCGGAGUCAUGACUGUCGUUUUCACCGCGGUUGAGCCGUUUACUACCGUUCUGUUGACGAUAACGAGCGAGCAGUGGUGA